AUGGAGAAUACCUUGGACAAGGCCUUUGUGGCGUCUAACCCUGGAAGACCGCUCAAUCACGUCUUGAAGAUCCCACAGAAGCGUCCCAGUCGGCAUUUCCUCCAAGCUGACCAUGAGAAGAAUCGUAUUUUGCUGGAGUCACAACUCAAGGAGGGUGCCCCGCCCAGGGUAGCGGGAGCCGUGGGCAGGUUCAAGGACGAAGAGUUGGAGGAUGAGGUGCAGCAUCAGCCCCACAAACGUCUCAACGUCCUAUGCCUGCUUGACUUGGACAUGACAUGCUUCUGGGGAAACGAUGCCAACGAUCUGGUGGGUGCGAUCGCGGAGGAGGGAUGGGGGUUGGGAAGAGGGAUGUGCAAUGCUGUGGAUGCAACGGAGCAAGGAAGAUUUGAAGGAUCUGUACCGGCUGCUCUGGAACGAAGAGGCGAACCGUGCGCUGGAUGAGCUCUCAAAGUUCCACGAUCGCAAAGUUUGCAUUUACACCAUGAGAUCCGCCUUGCUCAUGUAUCAUUCGUGCUUCCGAAGGGCGACGAUAGCCCUUCGAUGGGACCCGUCCUGGCAUUACGAGGAGGUGAUCG